AUGCCAGCAGUCCGGACUGCGCUUCGUCGACCACGCGGCGUCCUUGCCGUUUACCGCGUUCGAGCUCUCGUCGGCUUUUGUCUCCUAGGCCUCGUCAACGUCGUUUUGCCCUCCAUCAUCUUCUCCUCCAGCUACCUCAUAAUUCCAUAUUCGCAACCGACAGUCGCCCUGAUCCAAGGGCUACCAAGCCUUGCGACCAAACUAGUCCUCCCUCAUGUCUUGCGCCACAUCUCCUGGUGGAUUCGGCCCUGUUUCCUGGCAGCAUCUUGGAUCCUCGCCGCCGUCGUUACCGCCGCUGCGCCGCCAAAUGUCCCGCCACUGGUUCGAAUCCUCAUGACGAUGCUUGCUUCGGCUAGCGCCGCCGCGGCAGAAGUGUCGUUUUUAUCCCAAAUGCGGUACUAUGCUCGUUGGGGACUCGCCGGCUGGGGAAUCGGCACAGGCAUCGGCGGCGCAGCCGUCGCCGUGACCCCGUACCUCAUCACGUACGGCAUGGGCGUGUUCCUGCGAACCUCGGUCGACUGCGUUUACUAUCUGGUCGGCAUUUUGCUGGCCGCGUAUUUCGUCGUUCUGCCGCCGGCUCCGCUGCCUCGCAUCGCUACCAAGUCGCCUUUUACGAGCCCGGCUUCCAGCGACGGACAAGAGAAUAUCCCGUUGGCAGGCAUGCUGCCGUCUAGAUCCAAGCGCAGCUGGGCACUGGCUCGGCCGCUGUUGGUGAAAUUCGCAGUGCCCUUGUUCACAGCGUCCUCCGCACAGGCUUUUGUCUUUCCCGCAUCGACUCGCCUGCGGCCCAUGUCGCCAUCGCUGCCUUCAUUUUCCCAAUUCAGUGCCGCCUUUGGAGCUGCCCUGCGAAUGGGAGAUUUGAUCACACGAGCGUCCAUUAUUAUGUCUCGGCGGAAGCAGUUGCGCUCGUUAUUUGCGCUCUUGGCAGUCGCUUGGGGGCUGCAACUAAUAAAUUUGUUCUCGCUCAUUGCGUCAAGCACCUUUCCGCUCUUGCUAUUAGCAUCAUCUGUUGGAGUCGCUGGCGGCGCCAUUUACAUGACCGUACUCUCGGCUGUGUUGGACUAUACGGAGAACAAGGCACGUUUGGCGGAUGCCGACUUUUGCAUUGGUGUGGUCUCGAGCGGCGAAACCGCAGGCGGCAUCCUGGCAUCUUUACUUGGAGGGUUUAUGGAGAUGGGCUACUGUGCGUCGGAGACAAGCUCGAAAGGCCGGUGGUGUACGAGCACGAGAUGA